AUGGCUAUUCUCGAUCAGGGAGUUGGUUGGGGAAUAAUUUUAGGAUUUGGUGCAUUCUUUGCUGUUUUAAUGACACUCUUAACAAUGGCCCAAAAACGUUAUCUCCAAGAAUACCAAACAUCCGAAAUGUUUAUGACGGCUCAUCGUUCCGUAAAAACCGGUCUUGUGGCAUCCGCUGUGGUCUCUUCUUGGACUUGGGCUGCUACACUUUUACAAUCCUCUUCUGUUGCAUAUAAAUAUGGCGUUUCUGGACCUUUUUGGUAUGCUUCUGGUGCUACCAUUCAGGUAUUGCUUUUCGCUAUUCUUGCUAUCGAACUUAAAAGAAAAGCACCAAAUGCACAUACCUUCCUUGAAAUUAUUUAUGUCCGUUAUGGAAAAGGAACCCAUAUUGUCUUUCUAUUCUUCGGUUUGGCCACUAACGUGAUUGUAACUGCCAUGUUGUUACUCGGUGGCUCAGCUGUAGUAAAUGCACUCACCGGUGUCAAUAUUAUUGCAUCUUGUUUUUUACUUCCACUUGGUGUAUUGAUUUAUACAUUAUUUGGUGGUCUAAAAGCAACGUUCUUGACGGAUUACGUACAUACUAGUGUUAUUUUUAUUAUUAUACUUUCCUUCUUAUUCACUGUUUACGGCUCAUCGGAAACUAUCGGAUCCCCACAAAAAAUGUAUGAUUUGUUGGUCGAUGUCUCCGAAAAACCUUGCGAUAAAGAGCAAUUUAAAAUUGAUUAUCCGAAUAUUGCGAAGUAUCCAACAUAUGGGAUCUGUUCUGUAACUGAAAAUGAACAGGGAUCAUUUGUAACGAUGGCAUCCUUACAAGGUUUAAUCUUCGGUAUCAUCAAUAUUGUUGGUAAUUUCGGAACCGUAUUUGUGGAUAAUGCUUAUUGGCAACGUGCUAUCGCUGCUCGACCUUCUUCCACUGUAAAGGCUUAUUUGAUUGGAGGUUUAUCAUGGUUUUCAAUUCCAUUCACCUUGGCUACUACUAUGGGUAUCGCCGGUGUUGCUCUUGUCGGUGCUGGUAAAUUAGCCCCUCUUACCGACGACGAAGUUUCUGCUGGUUUAGUACUUCCAUACGCUGCUACUGCUCUUUUGGGCAAACCUGGUGCUUUCGCUGUUCUGAUAUUAGUUUUCAUGGCUGUCACAUCUGCCGCUUCAGCCGAACUUAUUGCCGUGUCAUCAAUAUACACUUACGAUAUCUAUCGUGCAUAUAUUCACUCUGGCGCUCUUGGGAGACAAGUUAUUCGACAAUCACAUAUUUCUGUUUUUUGCUUUGGUAUACUUAUGGGCGGACUAGCUACUAUACUUAAUUACAUCAAGAUCGAUUUAGGAUAUAUGUAUUUGCUAAUGGGAAUUAUUUCUUCCCCCGCCGUUAUUCCUGUUGCGUACACGAUCACAUGGUCAAAACAAACCGCCCCAGCCGCUAUUUCUGCCGCUUUAAUAGGUGUUGUUUGCGGUAUUACGGCAUGGCUUGUUACAGCUAAAUCUCUAUAUCAAGAAAUUACAAUUAAAUCAACCGGUGAAAAUUACCCCAUGUUGGCUGGAAAUCUUGUAUCUUUAAUAACAUCAGGAAUAAUAGCAACGGUCGUAUCAUUGUUUAAACCAGAUAAUUUUGAUUUCGAAGUAACCAGAACUAAGUUGGAAGUUUUAACGGAUGAUGAAGUAAAUGUUAAUGCUAUCCAUGAGGAUCCAAUGGAAAAAGAUCCUGUUAGAUUAAGGGCGGCCUUCAAAUUUGCUGUUACGAGUUCUGUUGUAUUAACGAUCAUACUGGUUUUAAUAUGGCCGUUACCAAUGUAUUUCUCCAAUUAUGUUUUCACGAAACCAUUCUUUACAUUUUGGGUGGCAAUCUCAAUGAUUUGGGCUAUAUGCGCUACCAUUUGUGCCACGAUUUAUCCCGUUUUUGAAUCGAGACGUAGUAUUAUGAAUGUAAUCAGCGGAAUUUCAAAAGAUCUCACAGGACAAAAACUUACUCAUGCGGAGGAAACUUCGAAUAUUCAAACGCUUGAAGAAAAAAUGUAA